GCAACGGCGGCGGCGGUGCGGGAGCGGGGCCGGGAGCGGGGCCGGGCCGUGCCGGGGCUGUGCCGGGGCCAUGUCGGCGCGGACGCUGCCGCUGCUGUUCCUGAACCUGGGCGGGGAGAUGCUCUACAUCCUAGACCAGCGGCUGCGCGCCCAGAGCAUCCCCGGAGAGAAGGCGCGCAAAGAUGAAUGGACAGAUGUGGACAGGAAACGAGUGAUGAACGACAUCAUCAGCACCAUGUUCAACAGGAAAUUCAUGGAGGAGCUGUUCAAGCCCCAGGAUCUGUACUCCAAGAAAGCGCUGCGCACCGUGUACGACCGGCUGGCCCACGCCUCCAUCAUGAGACUCAACCAGGCCAGCAUGGACAAGCUCUACGACCUCAUGACCAUGGCCUUCAAAUACCAAGUGCUGCUGUGCCCUCGGCCCAGGGACGUUCUGCUGGUCACCUUCAACCACCUGGAUGCCAUCAAGGAUUUCAUCUCUGACUCCCCUGGCAUUCUGAACCAGGUUGAUGAGACCUUCAGGAGGCUGAUUGAGACCUACAACCCUCUCUCUGAUGGUGAAUUCCAGCUCAUCAGGCAAACACUUCUCAUUUUCUUCCAGGACAUGCACAUCAGGGUCUCCAUCUUCCUGAAGGAUAAAGUGCAGAACUCCAAUGGUCGCUUUGUGCUGCCAAUCUCAGGGCCUGUGCCCUGGGGCACAGAGGUGCCAGGGCUCAUCAGGAUAUUCAAUCACAAAGGAGUGGAAGUUAAAAGGGCUGAGUUCAGCACUGCUGGGAAUUAUGUUACUCCACAAAGGGAAGGAUCUUUUGAGCUUUAUGGAGACAGAGUCCUCAAACUUGGGACAAACAUGUACAGCGUGACCCGGCCAGUGGAGACACACAUGUCAGGAUCUUCCAAAAACCUGGCAUCCCAGGCAAAGGAGAACAUAGCCCCCAACCCUCUUGCUAAAGAAGAGCUGAACUUUUUGGCCAGGCUGCUGGGAGGUUUGGACAUCCAGAAACCUGCUGGUGAUUCAGGAUUUCGGCUAAACUUGUUCACCACUGAUGAGGAGGAAGAACACGCUGCACAGACCAGACCAGAGGAGCUGUCCUACAAGGUUAUCAACAUUGAAGCCACACAGGAGCCGGCGCGGCGGGCGGAGCUGUCCCGCAUCCUGGGCGAGCUGGACGUGGCGGAACCGCGCCCGGGCAGCGCCGGGAAGGGCGAGGACCUGCUGGCACUGAUGGACGGGCUCUGAGCGGGACACGGGGACAGCGG